UUGUUAAAGUAAAGCAUGAUUCUUGAUGAUAAUGAUUUAUCUCCUCGAAGAAUUUUGCACAUGGUCAAGCAUGAUCCUUCACAGUACCGAUGUAAUCCCUUAAUGACCACAUUCUUUGAAUAUUGCAAAACUUAGUCUCUAAAUUACAUCAGGAAGCACAUUCAUUGAUUGGGCAAAAUUUUUAGACUCUAAAUCGCACCACUGAAUUUAUAACUUAUAUCGAUAAUCCAAUCUUGUUGGCAUCCAACUCCCUGAUAGCAGAGAUGAGUAGCAAAACAUUUGAAAGCUUCUCUAAAUUGGAUGAAAAAGGAAGCCUUAUAGAUUACAUUAACAGCACACCCACUUUAGCACAAAAGGCAGGAUACAGCAAUCCCGAAGAGCUUAAUGUCAAAGAAGUGGGUGAUGGCAAUCUCAAUUUUGUUUAUAUUAUCACUGGACCUAAAGGAUCCUUUGUUUUGAAACAGGCGGUACCUUAUAUUCGCUGCCUAGGGGAGUCAUGGUCAAUGACAAAGGAACGUGCAUAUUUUGAGGCUGCUAUUCUGAAAGAGCAUGGUCAAUUGUGCCCAAAACAUGUCCCAGAAGUGUAUCAUUUUGAUUCUACAAUGGCCAUAAUUGCUAUGCGCUAUGUGGAGCCUCCACACAUCAUUCUGCGCAAAGGCCUGAUCGCCGGCACCGAGUACCCAUAUUUGGCAGAGCAUAUAUCAGAUUAUAUUUCCAAAACUCUUUUCCACACCUCUCUUCUGUAUCUUUCUACUACAGAGCACAAGGCUGCAGUUGCUCGAUUCUGCAACAAUGUGGAGAUGUGUAGGCAUACAGAGCAGGUUAUAUUUUCAGAUCCCUAUAUGAUAUCCCCAAUCAGUCGUUGGACUUCUCCUUAUCUUGAUGAAGAUGUUAAGGCUGUACGGGAAGAUAAUCAGUUGAAGCUGGAAAUUGCUGAAUUGAAAUCAAAGUUUGGUGAAAGAACACAAGCACUUAUUCAUGGAGACUUACAUACUGGAUCAAUUAUGGUAACAAGUGACUCAACUCAAGUUAUAGAUCCAGAGUUUGGCUUCUAUGGACCUAUGGGUUUUGACAUAGGUGCCUUUCUUGGGAACUUAAUUCUAGCAUAUUUUUCACAAGAUGGACAUAGCAGAUAUGCAAAUGAGCGUGAGGGCUAUAAACAGUGGAUUCUCAGAUGCAUACAAGAAACAUGGAACCUUUUUGAAGCAAAGUUUAUUGCAUUAUGGAAUAACAACACAGAACACUGUGGAGAUGCUUAUCUAGAAGCUAUAUACAAUACCCCCGAACUCAAAUUGAUUGUGCAGCAGAAGUACAUGAAAGACUUAUUCCAUGACAGCCUUGGAUUUGGUGCAGCAAAAAUGAUCAGGCGAAUUGUAGGGGUGGCUCAUGUAGAAGAUUUUGAGUCAAUUCAAGAUGCAAGCAAGAGAGCAGAAUGUGAGCGCCGAGCUCUCAAUCUUGCAAAGAAGAUUAUGAAGGAAAGACGUAACUUUGAUACAAUCAGCCAAGUUGUGCAGGCUAUUCAAGAAAAAUGAUUAGGGUUUCCAUAUAUAUAUAUAUAGGUAGGUAGGUAGGUAGGUAGAGAGAGAGAGAGAGAGAGCUUUAGAUACACUAGAAAAUGGUAUUCUGAAUUAGAAAUAUGACAAGUCUGAUGCAUUUUAUGCUAGUGAAUUUUUAAGCAUCGCAAAAGUCCAGUGUUACAUAAUGGUGUUUACUAUGCCUGAUGAAAUAAAAACAAGUGUUACACUUAAUCCAGAAGCUUACCUGUUAAUUAUAAUUGACUGUGGAAGCUUCUCUGAAAACAAAAACUUCUCUAUAUUAGGAUAAUGCGGUGCUUCAUACACAAUUCUAGAGCCAAGCUUAGUUGAGUGCUUUGCUAAGGUAUGAAUAAUGUUCCAUUGAAAAUCAA